UGUAUGAGUCUUUUAAAUGGCAGUUUGUGUGCUUAUGAUAUCCAUUAUAAACUCUUUCCUUUCUGAUUCUUGCUCUUGAUUCAAAAUUACUGCUCAGUUUAAAGUUGACACAACUUUAUGAUAUACUUUUUUUUACUUACUAUGGUAUGUUUGAUGAGUUUAGAGAAUGUUUGGGCAAACCAAUGUCGUCAUUUAUCUAGAAAAUUAAGUACUACUCCAAUUUUUGAUGUCGUUUUUAUUUAUAUGUGCCUACAUAAUUCCUAAAACUUAACUUAAAUAAACUCUAACUUACUUAACUUCAUCUGCGCUGUACUUGCGCUUACCUUUUUCUUUAGUAAUAUUUGUUUUAUCGAUCUUGUGGCCUUUCUUUACAUUCCUGACUAUCGUUGAUUUAAAUAACUUAAGUUAAUGGCUUAUAAAAGUACCUUGCGUCGCAAUUGAAUUAAUUACUUUAGGUUUGUUAAGUAACCGUUAAGGCUGUCUUUUUUAAACAUUUCUCUUUAUAAUAUAUUUCUAUUUAUCCUGUUUUUGUUAUUGUGGUGUAUAAAUGAACUGUAAAUAUAUAAAUAAAUAAAUAAACGAUUUCUUUUGAAAAAUCUAUUUGCAACCGUAGGUUGUUCCACAGAUAUUAUUUUUAUCCCUUGCAUUGUCUAACCUUAACAACAACUUAUGUAAUAUUACGUUGUGAUAACGAUUUGUAGGGAGUAGUUUGACUUGCCCGCAUUUAUGUAGAUCGUUACCAAUUGGUCAUUAUCUUGUCCCAAAUUCUAAGCAUGCAUCAAUCUUUCUUUUCAAUUGUCUCCAACUUUUUUAUUGUGAAUAGUCUCUCAGUGUUUGUCACUUUCUUUGAAGAUUUGUGUGAUAUCAGAGAUAUUUCCUUAUUCUAUUAUCGUCCUCGAUCUUUAUAAUCAUUUUCUAAUUAAUUGGCUUUGUGGCAUUGUGUCUUGAUAUUGUGGUAUCUAGAAAACUUGAAUUCUUGUCAAUUAAAUGUUUACUGUUUGAUGUGAAAUGACGUUGCCGCCGGCCAUCGUAAAAGUUGUAGCCAAUGAACACCAGCAUUUGACCCAAACUCACGACUACAAACCAGGAUGGUCGUUCUACUUGGUGCUAGCCGGCGUCGUCACGACAGUCGGCUCGUCGCUUCCGGUCGGCUUCAACAUUGGAGUGGUCAACACGCCAGCUGACCUAAUAAAAGGAUUCUGCAAUGAGAGCUUCAUCACACGCUAUGACAUCGUACUGAACAAGACGUGGCUCAAUGUGCUAUGGUCGUCCGUCGUGUCCAUUUUCAUCAUCGGCGGCUGUACCGGCUCCAUACUUGGCUCCGUUCUGGCUGACAAACUUGGCAGAAAGAAGGCGACAAUAUUAACGAACGUGCUAUCACUGGCGGGCGCGGUGCUCUUUCUGUUUUGCCGCGCGGCCAACUCUGUGGAAAUGCUGAUCAUCGGCCGGCUGCUCGUCGGUCUGUCUGGAGGUUUAACAACCAGCAUAGUGCCCAUGUACCUGACGGAGCUGUCGCCGGCCGCACUCACGGGUGCGAUGGGCGUGGCGUGCCCCAUGGGCGUCAACGUGGGCGUGCUCGUCGGACAAGUCAUGGGCCUUAGCUUUAUAUUGGGCGGAGAGAACGACUGGCCCUACCUCCUGUCGGUGUACGCUCUCCUCGUCAUAGUGACUCUGCCCGUGCUGUGCAUCCUGCCCGAGAGCCCCAAGUACCUCUACGUGGUCAAGAGGAACGAGCUAGCUGCCAUUGGCGAGUUGAGCCGCCUCAGAGGCGUGUCUCCCAGCGUGCUCACAGAAGACGUAGAGCUGCUGAAGGAGGAGAGCCGCAGCGACGACACGGCCGGGGAGCCCUACGGCAUGCUGAAGCUGCUGCGGGAGCCGCGCCUGCGUCUGCCGCUGCUGCUGACGUGCUCCAUGCAGGCCGGCCAGCAGACCAGCGGGAUUAAUGCGGUGUUCUACUACUCGCAGACGAUAUUCAAGCAGGCGGGAUUGUCCGAGAAACAGGCGCAGUACGGGACCAUCGGGUCAGGGUUCAUCAACGUGUGCACCGCAGUGCUGAUGCUGCACCUGCUGCCGCGCGCUGGCCGCCGUCCGCUGCUGCUGGGCUCCAUAUGCGUCGCCUCCGUGCUACUGGCGACCCUCGCUGCCGCUAUGAACUUCAUUAACGCAGCGUCAUGGAUGCCAUACGUGUGCAUGGUAGCGGUGCUGGGUUACGUGCUAGUGUAUGGGCUGGGACUCGGCCCGAUACCGUAUUUUAUAGCUUCAGAAAUGUUCGAGGUGGCGCCGCGGCCGGCGGGUAUGGCGUGGGGCUCGCUGGCCAACUGGGGGGGCAACUUCCUGGUGGGCAUGUGCUUCCCCACCAUGCGUGACGUCAUCGGACCCUACUCCUUCCUCAUCUUCGCCGCCGUCACCAUGGCGCUGUUUGUAUUCCAGAAGUUCUAUUUCCCCGAAACUCGCGGUAGGACUCCGGCGCAAGUCACCCAACUGUGCAGCCGCGGGUUCAAGUCGCGACCUCUGACAGUUAUCACCCCACGCUUGUGACGCACCUCGUGACGUCACACCGCACUGUCGAAUGACGUCACUGCGCCGGGCUGCAAGACCAAGCAUAUUUUUGUACCAGUGAAAUUAACACAGUCAGUCAGCGCUAUAAUACAAAUUCUAAAUACCUUCUGUAUGUGGCAGGUGCAGGCAGCUAUAUACGGUAUGCAUUACAUUAUUUUUCAAAAUAUUUGGCUAUUGUGUAACUCUCACAGAUUAGUGCAUACCCGCUCAAAAAUAUUGUGCACGCCGUUGUAGGAUGAUUAGCAAAAUCAGGGAUAUUGAAAACGUCCAUAUUAUAUAUUUUUUCAUAUAGCUAAUAUUGAUAUUUUAUACAGUAAUAAAAUAUACUUUGGGUACAAAACUGAAAAUAAUCUCAUGAAACUAUACUCGGGGUCACUUUGGUUAUCACCAUCGCACAUUUAAGCAAGAAAAUACACGUUUUUUUUGAAGUUGUUUGCUAUGCUAGUCUUAGCGUUAUUCCGUCGAUCAGCUAUUUAAUAUUAUUCAUCACAUAAUACAUCACAUUUUAUAAUUUAAGUUUAGCUAGUAGUAAAUUAUUUAAAUAAUUUAAUUUAAGGUUUUUACGGCUGUUGGUAUAAUAUUUGUGCCACUAUAUUUAUAUAACAGUGCCAGAUCAGAAAAAUAAAAAACUUGCAUUGGGAGCGCCGUCUGUACGUCGUACGCUGAAUAAAAAAAUUAGUCCCAUUUUAUGCGUGGGAGGAGCGUGGCAAUUUUUUUUUUGUUUUUCUUGUCAUAAUAAUAUUCUCUUUUUUUUUGUCUUUAAUGCAAUUAUUCCUCAAUGAUUCCGCCGGGCGUGGCAGUUAUUCAGUUUUUUAAUUUUUUAUGUAUAUGGUACAAAUAAAAAACUGAUGUAGUUCUGUAGAGAGCAAGUACUUAUACCUUGUUAUGAUCGUUGACUCUUCCAGUUGACCAACACGAUGGCCACUAAGUUGACUAUUACUCUUCCAAUUGACCAACACUUAGUUGGCUAUCAUGUAUAGUGCCAGAAACUUAUGGCCCCGUGAGGGUGUCGCUGCUAGCGCGCUUUUAGUAUAAUAUGAAAUAUUUAAAAAUUACGACCGCCGCGACAUUAGUUCCACUUUUAGGCACUAGGUCAGUAAGGUCAUGUUCCAAAAUGGGCCUUUAUUAUUUAAAAUUUAUAAGCAGGUCGAUAGUAUUUUUUACGAAUAAAAGAUACUGAAGAUACAGCUAAUGAAAAAAUUACACUUUAUUUAAUUAAUUAAAAAAAGAUGCGGGUUCUAAAUUUUUUUUAUUUUGUGUUUCAAGCCAUAUAUUGUAUGUUCUUCUAAGAUAAAAAAUAAUUCGUUCUGCUCGGAGUAAAGGCCCAGCCUCCAUACAAAAUUGUGAUAUGUCCUUUCAUGGCUCUAUCAUGGGGCUCUAUCAUUUCGAAACAAAUACAGUAUUCGUCACAAUGUUGGCCAACUGGCAUUAGACCACAAUUGUUACAGUAAAGUACUUAUUAGCAUAACAAAAAUAUAUAAGUAAUUAAAUAGGUGGUUGUUUCUAAAUAUUUCAAUAUUUGCAACUUGUGCCUUUAGUAUUGUCGAAAUAUGACGUCAGAAAAUGUAAUUAUUGCUAAGUUGUAUGGAAAUGUUAAAUUCAAGUCUCGUACUUAUUAAAAUAUUUAUAAUAAAUUUAAUAUUUGAUUA